AUGGCCGGCGAAGAGGGUCCGUUGAAGCGUUGCAUCGUCGGAUGUACGACGGCGGAGGAAGAAGUGUCUGCUUCGGAGGAUCAUCUGCUGAAGCCGGCUACGGCUACGGCUACGGUUCAUCAUAUCAUUGAUGGCCGGCGAAGAGGGUCCGUUGAAGCGUUGCUUCAUCGGAUGUACGACGACGGAGGGAGAAGUGUCUGCUUCGUGAAGCGAGGCGAGGUGCGGUCCAUCAUAUCAUUGAUGGCCGGCGAAGAGGGUCCGUUGAAGCGUUGCAUCACCGGAGGUACGACGGCGGAGGGAGAAGUGUCUGCUUCGGAGGAUCAUCUGCUGAAGCCGUGCAACCCCGAGAGGAAGGUGGAGGCAGCGACGGCUGCGGCUGCGGAAGCUGACCAGAGCUCUGGAGAAAAGGAUGAGAAAGAAGAAAAGGCUCUGGAGAAAAAGAUGACAAGGCUGCCGCAGGAGGAGGUCGACUGGAUCCUCGGCCGGGAGUUUCGCGCCCCGAGGGACUUCGAGGCCCUGAGGCGCAGCAACCCCGACCUGACGCCGCCGGCAGAUGAGGAGAUGGACGAGUCCACCAAGCUCUUUUACGACGCGGCCAGAAUCUUCUACGAUGGGCAAGAGAGCUUCUUCAAGUUCCAGGACGAGGUCCGCCAGCAGUACGAGGAGAAGCACUAUGUCGAGGUCGAUGAGGAAUACCUCGCCAACAGGGCGUACAACCGAGCCAUGAUCUCAGAAACACGGCAGGAAGUCUGCGGCGGUCGUGCCUACUCAGAUAACGACGACGAUGAAUGUACCUACUACUCAGAUACAGAUGAUGAAAGGGUGUUCACUCUUCAGUGA